AUGAUGCCCAACCACCCCAUGUACGGCCAUCAGCACUUCCCACAGGACGCUCCCUGGAUGCACCCGGCCCAGUCCCACCACCAGCAUGCCCAAGCUCAACAAGCAGCAGCAGCAGCCGCCGCCGCCCAGCAGGCCCACUACAGUCGCAUCAACUCCUCCUCAAACCAUGCGAACGCCCUGAAUCCUGUCCACCAGGACGCCUCUGCAGACAACCCCAACAUGACCGAGGACAACCGUCGCACCAUGCAGUACAUUGCCGACCUGCUCAACGAGAACUCGCGCGAGCAGGCCCUCCUUGAGCUCAGCAAGAAGCGGGAACAGGUCCCGGAGCUCGCGCUGAUCCUGUGGCAUUCCUUCGGCGUCAUGACCUCUCUGGUCCAGGAGAUCAUAUCUGUCUACACCCUCCUCAACCCCUCCCAGCUCACCGCUGCCGCCUCCAACAGGGUCUGCAACGCCCUGGCCCUUCUCCAGUGCGUGGCCUCCCACAACGAGACCCGCACACUGUUCCUCAACGCUCACAUUCCCCUCUAUCUCUAUCCCUUCCUGAACACGACGUCCAAAUCGCGCCCGUUCGAGUACCUCCGCCUGACCAGCCUCGGUGUCAUUGGCGCCCUUGUCAAGAAUGACUCGUCAGAGGUCAUCAACUUCCUGUUGACCACCGAGAUCAUCCCUCUCUGUCUGCGCAUCAUGGAGACGGGCUCCGAGCUCAGCAAGACAGUCGCCAUCUUCAUCGUGCAGAAGAUCCUUCUUGACGACAAUGGCCUGAACUACAUCUGCGCCACCUAUGAGAGAUUCUACGCUGUCGGCACCGUCCUUAGCAACAUGGUUGGCCAGCUGGUCGAGCAGCAGACUGCCCGGCUGCUAAAGCAUGUCGUCAGGUGCUUCUUGCGGCUCAGUGACAACGCGAGAGCGCGCGAGGCACUCCGUCAGUGUCUGCCAGAGCCUCUCCGCGAUGCGACGUUCUCGUCUGUCCUUCGGGACGACGCAGCCACCAAGAGAUGUCUGACUCAGCUGCUGGUUGCUCUCUCUGACAACGCGAUGCCGGAUAAUGGGAACCCCGCAGACGACUACUGGCGCGCAGAGAAGCCGCCGCCGCCGCAAUCACGAUUUAAGUCUUUUUUUGAGGAAUUUGAAAGACGAAAGGACAACAGAAGUAAGCAGGAGGAGAUUUUAAAACCCAAGGAGGACGUUGAACUGCAAAAAGAUCGCCAGGCCAAGGACUGCGGGGCGGAAGAGGAGGUCGAAGUGAAAAGGGAACCCACCAUCUCCACUGGUGCAAAUGAUUUCCAUGACGAGGACAACGAAUCCCUCAACGGUAGCCAAGGGAGCACUGUCCGUAGCACGUGUGAGGAGCCUACCAAUGGAUCACGUGAGGAAGCCAUGAAAGGCGCGCAUAGGAAAUCCGGCGAUGGCAACUGCGAAAACCAAUUCCUCGAUGGUACGCACGAGGAACCUGUCAACGCAUCCCACGGCGGAGCACCUGACGGCACACAAAGACUACCAGUCGACAGUAACCUCGAUAAUCAAUUCCUCGACGGCACACACGAGGAACAUGCCGACGGCAACCGUGACAAUCAUUUCGAUAGCACGCAUGCGGAACCUGUCGACGGGAAUCAUGGUAAUCAUUCCAAUGGCGCAUAUAAGGAACCUGUCGGCGGAAAUCCCAGUGAUCAGUUCUUUGAUGACACACGUGGUGAUCCUGUCGCGGGUACACACGAGAAGACCGAUGAGGACUCGCGCGAAGAAACAGUCGGUAGCAUGUGCGAGGAGCUUGGUGGCGGUACGCGGGAAGAAACUGUCUCCAGCACGCACGGGGAACCCGUUCCCGGCAGCCACGAUGAACCUCUCUACAACGACAACCACGAGGCACCCGUCACUGGCACACUUCAAGACUCUAGCAGCCAUCAUGAACAUCAGAGCCCCAACGAACCGCAACCAGACCCUCCAAGGUACCGUGGGAAGCCCAAAUACAAGCGGCUUCUAGAGUUCGACAAUCUGCGUCCCAGCCUAUGA